AUUCCAAAUCUGGCACGCCGAGCCGAUUCUUGUGACUUUCUCGCUCUGGCCAGAUCGGCUGCGACCCCCUCCGCUGGUGCCCUCGCCGACAGCUCUUCCAUCGAUCAUGCCAUCGCCAUUCCUAACUGUUGCGUGCUUGCCGAGAGCCUAUCGGUCCGCUGGUGCUGCAGCCGUGCCAGCGAUCCGCACAGCCACCCAACGCAAGCCUACUCGCUGCCUGCAACCCAACAGCGAGCCAUCGCUCCGAUCGAUCGUCCAAUGCCGCACAAUCUUUGGUAGACGCUUCACCGGCCCAUCGAAAGAAUUUGAGCAGUCCAAGCGAGAAUGGGACGAGCUGGCCAUGUCGCCCCUCGUCCACAAGCAAACCGGCAUCCAGAUCUUUCUUUGCGGCACACAUCACGACUCGGUGACAUCGAUCGAUCGAGUCAAAUCUACGAUUGAGCAAGUUCGUCCUGCAGUGGUUGCCGUCGAGGCUACUGUGGCAACACUGACUAAGUUCCAGGCCAGAGGACAGCAUCUACUGCCGCUUGUGGGCUCGCAAGGCUCGCCCUCCGGCAGCACCUCACAACAGCUCCAUGCUGCCAUCCGACCUGAUGAGAUCCAAAGUCUCGGCGAGGAAGGCAUAUCUCCAUCGCUUCUCAAGGAAAACAGCCUGGGCUAUGGGCUGGAGAUUGCCGCGGCGAUCGAAUCAGCGUCGUGCAUGGGGGCGAUCGUCAAGGCCAUAGACAUGGAGCCCGAAGUUGCAGCGAAUCCAACAUCACCUGAGGACACCCACGCCGUCAGCUCGGCCAAAGAAAGGUUCCGGAUUGGCAUGCCCCGCAGCAUAUCCACCCGCACCACGCUCCUGAAUCGAGCCCUCUUUUGGAUCGCCUGCCGGGCCGCUUUUGGAACCAAGAACAUACCCAAGCUCGUUGCCGGCGACGUCGUCCGACUCUCCGAGUUUGGAGCCUAUCUCAAGAUCUGGGCGGUUUUCCAUCCAGCCCUGCACUACUACUGGAUCAUGUUGCGUGACGCAAUUAUGCUGGCGAACCUCCGUAGGGUCAUGCAGGCUCUCUACAAUACCGAGCAGAGUAACCCAAAGAUCGUCGUGGUGGUUGGCAAGAGCCACGUCUUUGGCAUGGUGGAGAUGUGGAACGAAGUCCUUGCGAAGGAGAGGUUCCAGAAAUCGCCAAGAUCGGACCGGUUCGCCAAAAUCCUGUCGUCGGACACCCUCCCGCGCAAUAACCAACAAUGGGAUCCGACCGAGGUUUCGCUCAAAUCGGCUUCCAGAGGCGUCCAGCUGGUCCAGAGCGCUGGCCGACGGGCUGCGCUGUUUUCAAGCGUCUCAAAGCCAAGCAGUGCACCCGAUGUCUCCGCCGUGCCAGAGGAACCAAUUGUGCAUGCGACGGAUUCGGCAGUGCAGCCCAACCAGGCAGUCCCCAGCCAAGCUGCUGAGGACACCGCCCAGUUGCCUGUUCAUCCGACCACACCGCGAACGAAGCCCAGCGGCGGAUUCAAAUACAUUGCGUGAUGCGCUGGACGACA